AUGACCACAACUACAGUGUUUAUUUCUGGUGCUAAUGGGUACCUUGCUCAGCAUAUAAUCAAACAAUUGCUAGUAAAAGGAUACAAAGUCAUUGGAUCAGUUAGAUCCCAUGCCAAGGGAGAACAGCUAACUAAUUCAGUCAAGGAUGAAAAUUUUUCCUACAUAGUUAUUCCAAUAAUUACUCAUAAGCAUGCAUUCUAUGAAGUGCUUCUAAAACAUCCAGAAAUAACAGUGUUCUUACAUACCGCUUCACCAGUAACAUUUGAAGUUGAAGAUAAUGAGAAUGACCUACUAAGACCUGCGAUUGAUGGAACAAUCAGUGCAUUAAAAGCAAUAAAGAGAUACGCACCACAAAUGGAACGGGUAGUAAUUACAAGUUCUGCUGGAGCAAUAUUUGGAUUUAAUGAAUAUUUUGAUAGUGACACAGUUUAUAAUGAAGAUAGCUGGAGCCCUCUAAGCUACGAACAAAGCAAGAAUACCAGUGCAAUAAAUGGAUACUUUGGAUCUAAGAAAUAUGCCGAAUUAGCCGCAUGGGAAUUUAUGAAGGAACAGACCCCUUCUUUUGAUAUUACCGUAGUUGCUCCGGUUUAUUGUUUUGGUCCGCAAGCCUACGGAAUUAAAGAUAAGUCUAAAUUAAAUCUUUCUAUGCAAAUGGUAAAUACUGUACUCACAUUGACCGAAGACGACGAUAUUCCUGAGUUUGGCAAUAUAUUCGCCGAUAUAAGAGAUGUUGCUCGCGCUCAUAUAGUUGCAUUUGAAAGUGAUGAAGCAAGGGGACAAAGAUUGUUGGUGGCAACAGAGAACUUUACAUUUGAUAAAAUUGCAAAUAUCAUUAGUAACCAUUUCGUUAAUGUCGAAAUACCACCAGGAAAUUUAUCAAAGAACGAACGAAUUUAUAAAUUAAUGGUUCCAAGGUAUGAUAAUUCCAAGACUAAUAGGAUUCUUGGGUUUGAUUUUAUUGGUAUUGAACGGUCAAUUCUUGAUACCGCCGAUCAACUUUUAGGCUAAGCCAAUCUUUUUCUCUACGCGGGGGCUGCUCGAGUAAUAGAAGAAUAUAUAUUUUUUAGAGUAACUACUCUUGCUUCUUCUUUUCUCUUUUUGCCUUUUUAAAAUCAGCAAUUAAUUUCAAAACACCAAAUAACAAAAUAGAACAAACUGGACCUAACAAUGGUAAGAAAACAGCUAGUUUAUGUUCACUAGGGAAAUAAGCUUGUUGAACCAUUUUUUUUUCAAAAAAUGCCCUUUCAGAUGCAACCAACGCUUUUGAACUACUUGUAGUGGCAAACUGAAACUUUCCAUGUUUCACUAACUCAAUAGCCUGAUUGAUUUGUUCUAACGAUGUAUCUGCCGAUUCUUUAGUUUCGUCAGGAAUGGAAAUUUCAUUUAAAGUAUCUGAAAUUUUGACCAAGGAUACUAAAUUAUCUAAGGAUUUCUUGAUGUUUGAAACAACCAAUAAUCUAGAAAGAGAAUCGAUUCUGAUAGUUGGGUUUUUUGGUGUUGGUGGAACCCCUAAUAAUUGAUAUAAUUGUGAAGCAAAGAUAUUCAUGAUAGGCUCAAGAUCACUAGAGGAUAAUUUUGCAUCUGUCUUCAAGAUUGGCUUGUCUUUAUUGAAAAUAGCCACACCACCCCAUUGAGGGAUCAAGAAUGAAUUUGUAGUAGUGUUUUCAAUAAUUAAUGGAAUACCUUCAUAAUUUGAUUCUGGGAAAUAAAGUAAAAAGUUCAUAGUUGGGUUAAUAUCAUAAUUGUCAAGAUUCCAAUCACCGAAAUUUAUAAAUGUAGGUAAAUCAGUCUCGGGAAGAAUAUAACUGGAACUUCCCUUUUGAUAUUUCUUAGAUAAUUUAGAGUAAUAUUGAACUUGAGAUGUAAUUGUAAAAUUGGAAAUAUGAUUGAAUGAAAUCAACAAUUUUUGGAGCUUUUCCAGUGCUUGUUCAAUUUCCCAAGAUGUUGGAUUCCCAUUCUCAACCAAUAAUGAAAAUACAAGAUUAAACUUAGAUGAGUAUGGGAAUGCGACAGUUGCAUGAUCGUUGGAUUCAAGGUUAUCUAAUUCAUAUUUGAAAAUUGAAUCAUAUAAAAUCAGCGAAAUGUACUCAUCCACAUUGGUGUCUUUGUCAACAAAAACAUCAAUUUGUCUAUCAUAUAAGGAGAUUUCGUAGCUUGGUUUAUUAGCUAAAUGAACUUUAACCUGAUAAUUGUCAGGGUUGAUGGAAUUGACAAUUUCAAUUGACCAUAUGUUAAGAUCAGGAUACCGUGUUCUCAAUUGUUGAUCAUAUACUUGUUGAUUUCCUGCGGUGAUACCUUCAUCGGUUGACAAACUCACAGGAAUCUUAAAAUGUAAUUGUGACUUGUAAUCAAACUGGUUGAUUUGAUCAAUUGGUAAAUGAGCCCUAUGAAUGGUAGUGGUUCCAAUAAAUAAGGGUAUUCCCAAUAAAAUGAUGGUGGAGAAUAUAAUGACAGCAAUGAUAGUACGUGUCUUGGUGAUAAUUUUUGAUUCCAAUGAUAUGACAAGAGGAGAAUCCUCUGGUUGUUGUUUUUCAACCUUUUGUUCUUCCUUGACUGCACUAGGCUCUUUUUCGUGUUCACUCAUUGGUUGGUACUGACACUAAAUGAACAACAACUCAAACUAUUUGGCAAC